AUGGCCGGCCUCAUCAAGAAGCAGAUCCUCAAGCACUUGUCCCGGUUCACGAAGAACCUCUCCCCGGACAAAAUUAACUUGAGUACCCUCAAAGGGGAGGGUCAACUGACCAACCUGGAGCUGGAUGAAGAGGUCCUACAGAACGUGUUAGAGCUGCCCACCUGGUUAGCCAUCACUCGGGUUUACUGCAACAAGGCCUCCAUCCGGAUCCAAUGGACAAAGCUGAAGACCCACCCGAUUUACCUGUGCCUGGACAAGGUGGAGGUGGAGAUGAGGACGUGCGAGGAACCUCGGCCCCCUAAUGGGCAGUCUCCCAUUGCCCUGGCUGCCGGACAGAGCGAGUAUGGCUUUGCCGAGAAAGUAGUGGAGGGCAUGUUUAUCGUCGUCAACUCCAUCACCAUCAAGAUUCACUCCAAGGCAUUCCAUGCUUCCUUUGAGCUCUGGCAGCUCCAGGGCUACAGCGUCAACCCCAGCUGGCAGCAGAGUGACCUCCGCUUCACGCGCAUCACCGACCCCCACCGAGGAGAGGUUUUGACAUUUAAGGAACUAACGUGGCAGACUCUUCGGAUCGAGGCGGAUGCCACGGACAAUGGUGAUCAGGAGCCAAUAACCACCCCUUUGAGACUCAUCACCAACCAGGGCAGGAUCCAGAUAGCUCUCAAGAGAAGAACCAAGGACUGCAACGUGAUGGCUUCCAAGCUGAUGUUUCUUCUGGAUGACCUCCUUUGGGUGCUGACCGACUCCCAGCUGAAGGCGAUGAUGAAGUACGCCGAGUCCCUGAGCGAAGCCAUGGAGAAAGCCGCCCAGCAGAGGAAGAGCCUGGCCCCGGAACCCGUGCAGCUCACCCCACCGGCCCCCAGUGCCCAGCAGUCCUGGGCACAGGCGUUCGCCGGCGGGCAGAGCGGCGGUGGUGGUGGCGGCGGCCCCGGCAGCAGCCUCGGCCAGUAUUUCGAGAAGUUCGACGUGAAGGAGUCCUCCUACCACCUCAUCAUCUCCCGUCUGGACCUGCACAUCUGCGACGACAGCCAGGCGCAGGAGGCAGGUGUCUCCGCAAACCGAGUGACGGGCGGCGCCAUGCAGCUCACCUUCCGGAAGAUGGACUUUGACUACUAUCCUUUCCACCGGGCAGGAGAUAGCUGCAAGCACUGGGUGCGACACUGUGAAGCCAUGGAGACUCGGGCCCAGUGGGCCCAGAAGUUGGUUCUGGACUUUCAGAAGCGGAUGGAGAAGUGGAGCGAGGAGGCGGCAAGGACCCACCCCACUGCUUGGCCCCCGGGGUUGGAUUCCUCUUUCAUGAGAAAGCGAGACCCUCCCUCCAGCCCGCUGAGGAGUCCUCCAGAAAAGAGCCCCCCGACAAGCCAGCUGGCUGCCCCGGCCCCGGCCCCCGGCCCCGGCCCCGGCCCGCUCCGACUCCCGGCAUGGAGCCGCCUGCGCUCCAGCUGCGUCGUGGUACGGGUGGACGACCUGGACAUCUACCAGGUGUCUACAGCCGGCCAGUCCACCAGGAAGCCCUCCACCCUCCUCUCCUGCAGCCGAAAACUCCACAACCUUCCUCCCCAGGUCUCUGCGAUCCACAUCGAGUUCACGGAGUAUUAUUUUCCAGAUAAUCAGGAAUUUCCAGUUCCCUGCCCCAACCUGUAUGUGCAGCUGAACGGCCUAACCUUCACCCUGCACCCCGUUAGCCUCCUUUGGGGGAACCUCUUCUCUUUGGACCUCUACCGCAGCCUGAGGCAUUUCAAAGCCAUUUACAAGCUGGAGGACUCAAGCCAGCAGGAUGAGCAUCUUGACACCCGGUUGGAUGCUUUCCAGGUGAAGGUGAGCAUCCCUUUAGAGAAGAGAGCCCAAGCGGGGCCUCAGCGUCCCCAGGCCCUGGCCGUGUCCACUUCCGCCGUGACGGCCACCAACACCCGCCACGCCCCACACUGCAGCCACCUGGAGCUCCAGAACCUCUUCCGCCGUUUCGCGGCGGUCGAGUUCUUCCACCCCACCCACACCCGCUUCCCCAAGGCGGCGGGCGGCUUCGGCCUCCUUCACCCGCUCUUCCUGCACCACGCCUUCCAGAUGGACCUCCUGGCCCAGCAUCCUCGCCCCCUCCCCCCGACGAGGCCCGCGGCCUCCCAAGACCUGUGGUCGGUCCGCUUCGCCCGGGUCUCCCUGGAUUUCGAGGGGGCGGGGAGCCGAGCCGUCAACUUCGUGGCUCCGUUCCCCCUGUCCGUGUGGGCCUGCCUGCCCACCCGCUGGGACCGGGCCCGGCGGUCCCCGCCGGCCUCGGAGGGGAGGCUGACGUCCUCGGCCAGCUUGGACGGCUGCGUCCGGGCCCGGGGACCCGGGCCCCGGCAAAGGUCAAAGACGGAGUGGGACCUGAAGAGCCUCUCGGGAGCUCCGGAGGGCCGGAGCGUGCCGGGCGAAGGGGACACCGGCGGGGAGGCGGAACGGGCCGCGGAUGUCCACGUGCUCCUGCACUCCCCGGCUGCGGUGCGGGGACACCUGGACCACUAUCAGUACCUGGCCCUGCUCCGCCUGAAGGAAGCCCUGCAGAGCCUGCAGGACCAGCUGGCCCAGGACACCCGGGCCGUGACGGGGGAGCCCCCGCAGGCCCGCUCGGCCUGCCUGGGGGUCCUGUUCCCCGGGGCCGAGGUGGCCCUGCUCAUGCCCCCGACCCCCGAGCCCGGCUCCGCGGACUCGGAGACCACCAGCCUCGUCGACUCGGAAUUCUCCCCUCCGGAGGAGCGCGACCCCAAGUCCGACGUCUCCUCGGACCGGGGCUCGGGCGGCAGCCCCGGGAGGCGCCCGGAGGACGGCGGCGGCGAAAACCCGGACCUCUCGCGGGGGAAGCCGCCGUCCCCCGAGAAAAACGGACUGGCCGGGGGGGGCCCCGGGGCGGUGGAGGCGAAGGGGCCCCCCAGCCCGGCCGGCGGCCCCCACCCUCCCGUUGGCAAGGAGCGAGUCCCCAACGGCCAGGCGGAGCCCGGGCCCUUGAAGAACCUGGAGGCGGAACUGCCCGGCGCCCUGCACAUUAAGGAUGCGACGAAGGAGGCCUUCCACGCCACCGUGGACCUCACCCGAGAGGCGGUGUCGCUGACCAAGGACGCCUUCAGCCUGAGCAGGGAUCGGAUGACCUCCACCGUGCAGAAGAUGCUGUCGCUGCCUCCGGCCAAGGACCCUUUGGCCAAGGCGGAUGAGGGAGCCGCGGCCCCGGCGAUCGGAGGAUCGGCCCGGCUCCGCUUUUUCUCCCUAAAGAGGACGACGUCCCAGCAAUCCUUCGACGGGCUCUCCCUGGACGGCAGUGGCCUCGAAGACCAGAUAUCAGUGGACAGUGACGGCAGCGACGGCUUCGUCAUGCUGCUGGAUGCGGAGCCUGGGCUGGAGUCCGUCCCCUCGGGGAUCCUCCAUCAGACGGCGGACGACGCCGGGAGCCGAGGGAGCCCCGGGGCGGACGGCGAGGCCCGAGGGUCGCCCGCGGGCGACAGCCUGGCGUCUUGCGGCGGAAAGGAUCCCGCCCUUCAGCUGGUGUCGGGGCUGGUGUUGAAGGUAACGGGAGUGACCUGUGCGAUCGACGCCCAAGGCGAGGACCUAGCUGUGGCCCUGCAGGCGGAGGAGCUGGCUCUCGAGCAGCCGGGCAACGUGGGACUGUGGCAGCUCCUGCGGCGAGAAGGCCCGGGUGAUGGAAGCUCGGCGAAAGACCCAGGCUCGGAGGGCCCCGCGACCCAACCGUCCGUGUCCCUGCGAUUUGAGGUGGGGUCCCGGGCCUCCCUCCGCUCGCCCCUGGCUGCCCAGAACGGCUUCUUACGCUUGGUCCUCCGCGGCUGCGACGUGGAGCUGCUCACCUCCGUCCUCAAUGGGCUGGGGCCCUUCCUGGAAGACGAAGAAAUCCCCGUGGUCAUCCCCAUGCACAUUGAGUUGCUGGACGCCCGGGUCACCCUGAAGGACGACGGCCCCCCGAUUUAUCCCACAUCCCCAGGACCCGUCCCCGUCACCCUGGCCGUGGAGCACAUCGUGGUGGAGCGAGACGACGAAGGGGUCUUCCACCUAGCCGCCGCUGCCGGGGCCGGGCCGUCGUCGGCGGAGAGGCGUCAGCGCCAAGAGGAGCGGACCCGAGACCCCGGGGAACAGACGGCCCAGACGUCUGCGGGGGUGGAUUGCGGGCUUCAGGCGAGGGAACCACCGUCCCUGCGGAAAGAGCUGGAAGCCACGAAGCACGCCUUAGCCGCUGCCAACCAGGACAAGGAGAAGCUCCUGCAGGAAGUCAGGAAGUACAACCCCCUCUUCCAGCUCUGACGGGGGUGACAGCGGGAGCUCCAGCCGUCGGCACAUGAGGAAGGACGGAGCACCGGUAGCUCGUUGUGUGGCGGGCCCCAUUCGACGCCUCUUGGCAAG